GUUAGAAAGUAGUAUAAAAGUUUGCGGGUUGGAUAAAUUUUCUUUCCAACCAUCAAAAUGGCUGCUCUUCGCACGCUGCUCCUCCUGACUGCUGGGCUGUCUCUGGCAUUGGCAGAUGCAGACCUCAAAGCGCUGUGGCAGUUCAGGAAAAUGAUCACCUGCGUGCUGCCUAACAGCUGGCCAGCUCUGGACUACGCUGACUAUGGCUGCUACUGUGGGAAGGGCGGGUCGGGCACCCCUGUCGAUGAGCUGGACAGAUGCUGUGAAGUGCAUGACAGGUGCUACUCAGACGCUAUGCAGCAUGAAGCCUGCUGGCCCAUUCUCAACAACCCCUACACCGAGAUCUACGCCUACGAGUGCGACAAGGAAACCAAGACCAUCACCUGCACAGACAAGAACAAUGCGUGCGAGAUGUUCAUCUGUGAGUGCGAUAGACAGGCCGCUAUGUGUUUCGCCGAGGCUGAAUACAUACCUGAGCACGAACACCUCCCUAGCGACCGCUGUAAAUAACCCUGGAACAUUUCAGGAGGGACACCCAUCACCCCCAGGACCGUAAUCCACAGCACUGGAAUUUAGUGUGCCUCUUUGAAUCAAUAAAUUGUAAAAUAAAAUUAGUUUUGGUGCUU